AUGAACCAACUAAUUAUAGAGCUCGGCAACGCUGGCGUCGGCUGCUCAAUAGAUGGGCAGUGUGUUAACAAUAUUAGUUAUGCUGACGACAUGGUGUUGUUGAGUCCAUCAGUAAGGGCGCUCCGGAAGCUGCUGACAAUUUGUGAGAGAUAUGCGCAGAAGCAUGGCCUUCUGUAUAAUGUUAAGAAGAGCGAACUUCUGGUGUUUCGGGUGGGCUCGCGAAAAUUAGAAAAUGUACCACCAGUAACAUUGGGAGGAAUCGAGCUUCAGAGGGUGUCGGAGUUCAAAUACCUCGGUCAUAUUGUCACUGAGGGUUUGUGCGACGACAUGGACAUGGAAAGGGAAAGGAGAGCGAUUGCUGUCAGAUGCAAUAUGUUGGCUCGCAGGUUCGCGCGGUCUACUGUAGACGUAAAAGUAACACUGUUUAAGGCGUUCUGUCAGACGCUAUACACGUGCAGCCUGUGGGUCAACUAUACGCAGAAGACAUACAAUGCACUCCGAGUGCAAUACAACAAUGCCUUCAGGGUGAUGUUGGGGCUCCCACGGUACUGUAGUGCAUCAGCAAUGUUUGCGUACGGAAGGACUGACAGCUUCUCUACAGUCAUACGGAAGCGAACGGCAACGCUGAUGAGCAGGUUGAGGGGGAGCACUAACACCUUCCUGAGGGUGAUUAGCGAAAAGUAUGACUGUCCCAUACUGAGGCACUGGAUACACACACAUACCUGUGUGCCCGGUGUGUCAGAGGAAAUCCUCAUGUACGACAUCCAGGUAUCCUGGAUGACGAUGUCCGACUUCACCGUUGAGUAUGUGAUACUCGGCGCCCUACGGACUAAAAUCUCCUACACUCGCAGACCGUCCUUCCCGGUACCGUUGUAA